AUGGAAUCAAUAGCAAGGAUCUCGUCGCUUCUAGAGAGCGCCCGCGAGCUCACCCUCGAUGCCGCCUCGGCCGCCCGCAGCGCACGCGGCUCCUCCAAGCCUCUGGAUCGCGUCCAGGUCAAGAAGCUCCUCGACAGUCGCAAUGAACGAGAAGUGUUGGACGGUCUGCGCCGGGUCAUCUCGAUGAUGUACCGCUCGCAAAAGACACACCCACUCUUCUCCUCAGUCGUCAAGAACGUCGCCUCUCCGAAUAUCGAAAUCAAGAAGCUGGUGUACAUCUACCUGAUCCACCAUGCUGAAGAGGACCCCGACCUGGCCCUGCUCUCCAUCAACACUAUACAAAAAUCCCUCUCCGAUUCCAACCCCCAAGUGCGCGCCUUAGCUCUAAGAACAAUGUCCAACAUUCGAGUGCCUGUUAUCAGCCAGAUUGUGUCGUUGGCGAUCAAGAAGGGCGCUGGAGACAUCAACCCCUACGUGCGCCGAGCCGCUGCCUUGGCAAUCCCCAAGUGCUACCGACUGGACCCCUCCCAGAUGCCCUCGUUGCUGGACUAUCUCUCGACACUCCUCGGCGACAAACAAUAUUAUGUGACGGGCGCCGCCGUUACAGCGUUUCUGGAGAUCUGCCCAGACAGACUAGACUUGGUACACAAGCAUUACAGGCAGUUGGUCAAGAUGGUGGUGGACAUGGAUGAAUGGAGCCAGCUCUCGACACUGCGACUCAUGACGGUUUACGCGCGAAAAUGCUUCCCUCGACGAACCCGAAUCGUAAAAGCCCAGAACAAGGCAGCCGAUCUCCAAGACUUCUACGGGGACAACGCCACCGCGAACACGGAUGAUGACUCCGAGGGCCAGGAGGUCGUUGUUCUUGACCCUGACCAUGAGCUCCUCCUUAACAGCAUCAAGCCCCUCCUCCAGUCACGAAACUCGGGUGUGGUGGUGUCAGUAGCACGCUGCUACGAUGCGGUAGGCACGCCCGAGUAUGUCAAGACAGCCAUUGGGCCCCUGAUAGCUUUGCUACGAGGCGCUCAGGAUAUUCAACAGGUUGUGCUGUUCAACAUCGUAUCCAUCUGCCUUACCCGGCCUGCCGAUUUUGUGCGCUACGCCUCGCACUUCCUUGUGCGUGCGACCGAUACACAACCCGUGUGGGAACUCAAGCUGGAGCUUUUGACUCUCAUCUUCCCACAUACGCCUCUCCAUAUCAAGAGCCUUAUUCUCAACGAGCUCGAGCACUUCAGCCGAGGAACUGAUAAAGCGCUGGUCAGGGAGGCGGUCAGGGCCAUUGGCCGCUGUGCGGUAACAGACUCAACAGCUGCACCCAGGUGUCUGCGGUUGCUCCUCAGUCAAAUCACUAGCUUGGAUGGCACGCUGGCCGCAGAGAGUUUGACAGUGAUAAGGCAUCUAAUCCAACAGGAUCCGACCGCACACGUCGCAACGGUCGUAAGGCUGGCAAAGAACUUGGAUUCAGCUACUGACCCACACGCACGCGCUACCAUCAUCUGGCUAGUAGGCGAGUUCUCCGGCCUCAACGGAGAAGACAACAUUGCCCCUGACGUGCUCCGAAUUCUGCUCAAGGAGUUCCCCUCCGAGUCAGAGAUUGCCAAACGACAGAUUAUCCUGCUCGGCGCCAAGGUCUACCUACACUACCUCAACCGACAGAUCGAAGCAUCACAAACCAGUGACGGAGAACCCGGGCCUCCACCCAAGCUCCUCGAAGACGAUGACCAUCCGAUCGCCAAACUAUGGAGUUACGUGCUCCUCUUGGCUCGCUACGAUACCUCGUACGAUCUCCGUGACCGCACGCGUCUCUACAAAGCCCUGCUCGGCGUACCCCAGCUUGCUACGCUCAUGCUACUCGCCCCUAAGCCCGCACCGCAAGCACAAAGCCCCUCGGAAAUCAGGCGUGGAUAUACCCUUGGCUCUUCAGCCUUGGUUCUCGCCGAUGCUGCUGGCGUCCAUGGCGUCAGGGGCUACGAGGACUUGCCCGAUUGGGUUGAGGAAGGAAAGCAGCCUGAUCCGAGACUGAGAGAAACAGGCGUGCCUCCCGCGACAUACGGGGAGAAGCGAGUCGUGCCAGCCUUGGAAAUUUUGGAUGGCGGAUCGUCUAGGUCUAAGCCCUCGAAAGCCAAUGGUAUGGGAGAGGCAGUAGGGACCAAGACACUUGAUGAUUGGCUUGCGGAGGAGGAGGAAGUGAGUAAGAAGGCGGUGCCGGCGGCAGCACCUGUGCAACGGCAAGUUGCGGAAGAGAGUGAAGAGGAAGAAGAGGAGGAAUCAACCGAGGAAGAUGAGGAGGAGGAGGAUGAAGAAGAAGAGGAAGACGAAGACGAAGAUGACGAAGAGGAGGAGAGUGAAGAGGAAGAAGAGGAGUCUGAUGACGACGAUGCUGAAGAUGCGAAGCUAAUGGGGACAUGA